AUGGAAGGCACGAACCACACACAGGUGACGGAGUUUGUGCCCCUGGGCUUUUCCCACGGACAGCCCUUCCUCUUUGCUCUUUUCCUGGCCAUUUACCUGGCCACGCUGCUGGGGAACUCCGCAACAUUCUCCCUCGUGUCCCUGGACCCCCAUCUCCACAACCCCAUGUACUUCUUCCUCAGUCACCUGUCCUGCCUAGACCUUUGCUACUCAUCAGUGACGGUGCCCAAGAUCCUGGCAAACACUCUGCGCCAACAGGCGACCAUCUCCUACCGCGGGUGCCUGGCGCAGGCGUUCUUCCUGAUGUGGUGCGCGGGGGCCGAGUGCGCGCUGCUGGCUGUCAUGGCCUACGACUGCUACACGGCCGUGUGCCAGCCCCUGCACUACGCCCAGGCCAUGAGCCGCAGCACCUGUGCGAUGGCUGCUGCCGGCUGCUGGCUCUGGGGGCUGCUGGACUCAGCUGUGCACACCCUCCUGGCAGCCCAGCUCUCAUUCUGCGGGGCUGCCAAGCUCCAGCACAUCUUCUGUGAUGUGCCGCCACUGCUGGGGGCUGCCUGCAGUAACACCCGCCCCAAUGAGCUGGCCCUCCAUGUCUCCAGCAUCUUUGUGGGACUCAGUCCCUUCCUGCUUGUCGUAAUCUCCUACCUUUGCAUCCUGGCCACCGUCCUCGGGAUGCCACUGGCCACCAGCCGGCGCAAGGCCUUCUCCACGUGCUCUGCCCACCUGCUUGUGGUCAUCCUGUACUUCUUGGCGGCCAACCUGAACUGCAACCGGCCCAGCUCGGGCUAUUCACCAGCAGCUGGCACCCUGGUCUCUGUGUUGUACUGCAUCAUCAGCCCCAUGCUCAACCCCCUCAUCUACAGCCUUUGCAACCAGGAGGUAUGGGAGGCCCUGCGGAAGGUUGUGCGGGUGAGUGGCACACCAAGCUCCUCAGGCAACAACGCCUGAGCAAUGCCAGGGCUGUGACAGGCUGCCGACACGGCGCUGGCACUGCAGUGUCCAUCCAUGGGACGUCUGUGACAGCACAGUGAGCUUGGGGCUCCCAGCCCAAGCACAUGGCACACUGCCAUCACUCGUCUCACCCUCAGCGUAUCACUGAUGGCAGAAUGGAAAAAUAAAGUCAGG